AUGUCUGAAGAUACCUUGGAUGUUUCAGACUCGCUAGAUAUUCUAUCAGAGGAGCAGCUAUGUCGAUAUCUCUUGCAAUUCAUAUUUGAGUGCAGAGGCAUCUGUCACGAGAAUUUACUACUGUCAGCAUUGAUGAAGGUACAGGAACGAUGUGUGAAUGGUGCUGAGAGCUCCAGUUGGUCGGUUGAACAGUGGCAAUCGCGGCUUGCUGAACUUAUCAACAAGUGGAACGUUAAAUUAAGCCUUUUGGACUACAAGAUAAUACGGGUAAAUCACGGUAUUGGUAAGAAAUGCGCAUCGAACAUGAUACGAAAUUUGGACAAUUUUAGCUUCCCCGAUAGCAAUCGAUUUUACGUCUACGUCAAUAGUAAGACAAGUGACGAAAUGAAGUUAGCCACACGUUUCAGUGCUCGAGAAAUUGAGUUUAUCAAGUGGUCAUUAGAGCGAAUAAUCUCUGCAGGUCUCAAGAUACAUGAAGGUAUUUUAGAUGACGACGACGCAUUAGUAAAAGAAAUAGAUCUCAUUAGAAGGAGCGUGACUGGCUCAGAUGUGCCCAGGUGGGACAAUUCGUGUUCUUUUACUGUAGGUUCUAUGGAGCUUUCCCAAUACGGUCCAAUGAAUGCUUUGGAGAUUGAAGGGCUCAUAGAGAAACUUAUUCACUUGAAAUGGUUCUACAAGAACCGCCGGGGAGAGGUUGGAAUGGAUUUGAAAGCGAUUGUUGAGCUUGAGGACAACUUGAUUGAAUCCUUCCAACUGGUGCGAUGCCCAGUUUGUGAUACACUAACACUGCACGGAGUUAUGAUCAAUGGUCAAGAAAAUCAAAGUGCUACGUAUUGGCACGCAGAUUGUUAUCAGCACUACAUCACGCAUGUGGGGCACGAUUAUUUGGGGACAUCAUUAAUUACAAACGGAAUAUACGUCAUAUAA